AAGCCUAAGGUUACUAUACCACCUUUUCCCCCUCCUCUCCAAGUACCACCUCCGAAUAUUAUUUUGCAGUAUAAUAAAUCUACUACACCUGUAGAUCCACUUCCACAGACUACAGCUGUUAACAAUUUAAGUCCCAGUAGUCCAGUCAACAGAGUACCAAUUGUAACCAGCACAUCUCCUGAAGUAAGUUUUCAGCGACCUAGAGGACCUCCGAUCAGAAUUCCCUUAUUGCCAACCCCAGAUGAUCUCAGGAAAGCUGAAAGUAAUACAAGGAAAAGCCCCUUAUUACCAAUUCCACCUCUUGAUCCUAGAAGAACUGAAAAUAAUACUCCAUGCAGCUCUGCUGAUUAUUUGCAUAAAAAUGGAGCCAUUCAUCCGUCAGACAAUUUUAAAAAGGAAAAUUAUAAUCUAAAUGGAGGAGAUGAUCGAUUUCAUAGGAGACUUACUGUUGAAAAGAAUAAUUUAAUUUAUCCAGAGCAAGCAGUCUCUUUACUCGAAAGUCAUACUAAACAGGACAAUAAUCAAAAGUAUGUUGAUAAUUUGGCACAAAAUAUUACUGAGAGUGUAUCAGAACCAAGUCAUGCUGAACAUAGUAUAUUAGAAAUUGCUUGCAGGGAUAUUUUAGAGCUAAUUAUAAAUAUAGCAACUGAUGUUUUUGAUAAAAAUGCAUCAACUUGUGAUAUCAGUUCUCCUAGUAUUAAUUCUGAUACCAAAUCUCAAGAGAAUGCAGAUGUCCAAAAUACAGCAUCUUGUGUUUUGUUAAGUACUGAAAGCAAUGCACCUGUGUCUCAGAUGAAUGCAGAUGUCCAAGAUGUAACAUUUAGUAUAGUUAUUGAUAGCAGUACAUCUGAAUCUCAGCUGAAGGCAGAUGACCAAGAUAUAACUUCUAAUUCUUCAGUAAAUUCUGAUAGCAUUGCAUCCAUAUCUCUUUUGAGUACAGUUAAACCAGAUACCACACCUAGUAUUGAUAACAGCACAUCUGAUAUUAAACCUGUAGUUGAAGAUAAAUGUACAUUUAAUGUUUUUGGAUCACUUGGUGAAUCUCAUCAUUCCAGUUUUAAUACAGUGGAAGAAAAUUCUUUUCGUGAAAGAAGUAAGGUAAAAGAACAUGCAGAAAUAAGUAUUUCUCCUUCUGUAAAUUUGGAAAGUAAUGCAGCUAAAUCUCAGUAUGAUGAAAAUUCUACUUCUUGUUUGAUGGUUGAUUCAAAUGCUCAAAGUGAUCUACAGAGCUCUAAUUUGCUAUCCUGUGCAAAAGAGCCUUUGUCCACAGUAUUAACAAGCAGUGAACAUAAUAAGGGGCAGAAUUCUGUGAUAAAAGAAUCUGCCUUUGAAGGCAGUGCAAAUGUACUAAGCAGUGGGUUAGACAAUGCAUCUGUAAGUUCUGAAGUAUUUAAAUCUAGUGAUGAACAUAUAUCAGGUGAUAAGAUGAAGCUUCUUCAAAUGUCUGAAAUAAAAGAAGCCAUUAAUGAAAUAACUGCUGAAAAAGACAAGCCUGAAAAUUCCAUUGACUUUAAACCUGUUGGCGAGUUUUGUGCUUACUUGCAAAAUGCUGAGUCUCAAGAUUUUAAUGACCAGAAAUCUGCUAAUGAGCUGUCUUCUAAUUUACAAAAUGUGGAGCUUGAAGAUGCUGAUAACUAUAGAUCUACAGAUAAUCUGUCUGCUCAUUUGAAAAUUAAUGAAUCUGAAGUGUCAUUCUGCGAUUCUUCUGCAGAUUUAAAGGCUGCAUUAUCGGUUAGAAUUGAAAACCCUGUAAAGGAAUUUUCUAUCAAGCCAUGCACUGUUUUAGUGGAAGGUACGACAAAUAGUGGGCAUAUCACUGAUUCUAAAAUUCAAAGCUCUUGUUUAGAACUAUCUUCGGAAUCACCUUCAGACUUGGUAAAUAGUGAACUGCAACAAUCUGAAGCUCAAGAUUUGGAUAGUGGGAAAGACAGUGGCAGUGUAACAAAAGAUAAGAUCGAAGCUGGUCUUGAAAGCUUAGAAAUGAAUAUAUCUGCUAAGUAUGUGGAACCUAUGGAAGGUGUUGAAGAAUGUGUUUUACUUAAAAGUACUGUUGGUGAAGAGACUGCUGUAAAUAUCUCUGCAAAUAUAUCAGUAACUGACUUAGAAGUUAUGAAAUCUGAUUGUGAUUUUGUAAAUGCAGCAGAAGAUAAGGUAGGUAUAGAGCCUGCAAUUUCUAACAUUGAGAUGUCUGAAAAGAAACAACCAGUGAACAUACCAGUAAAUAUUGCAAUUUCUGGUUCUCAAAUUUCUGAAGCAGAAGAGUCAGCUAAUAAUUCUGAAAAUUCUGUGAUAAAUGAAUCAAUCACUCCAUCUGAAAAUUUAAACACCUGUGAUUUGCCUGCUGACUUCCCAUACUUACAAACAGGUAGCCUAGCUGCUAGAUCUCAAAAUUCUGAAGUGAUUGGUUCUUCUGCUGAAAAUUCUGGAAAUCUAAGUAACACUAAGUUGGAUAUUAAACCUCAGGAUUCUCACAUGCCAGAUAUUCAUUGUCAGGUUUCUAAAAUGAAAUCAUCUAUUGAUUCUAUGAAUGUAAAAACUGAUUUAGCUUUUGAAGUUCAAAUUACUAGUGUGGAUAAUCCAAGAAAUGAUUAUUUUGGCAGUAAAUCAGAUAUUAGUCUGGUGGUUUCUGAAGUAAGAGAGAUGGUUAUAAAAGGUAUGUCAAGUGUGGAAAAAGAUACCAGCUCCGAGAAUGUGAAUGUAGCGAAAUCUGCUAGUUCAAAAUGUGUAGGCUUUGAACAGACUGACUACCCUGAAGAUUUCAAACCCGAGCAAUCUGAAUGUUAUUCGAAUUUAACUUCUGAAGUUGAAUUUGUUAGUGUCACUCCAAGCAUAUGUGUAUCACCUGUACCGUCUUUGCAAAAAUUUGAUGUUGAUGACUCAUUUCAAAGUAAUUUGGAUGAUGAGCCUCCAGUCUUAUGUGAAGUUUCUACUGCAAGCAAGCCUGUGUCUGAUUACGGGGAAGCAACAGAAAUCAUCAAAGACAAGUGCGAGGUUUCUAAUUUAGUUUCACCGAAACCAUUCAUAACAGGAAAUGAAAAUAUUGAAAAUCAGAACAAUGAAAAUUUGUCUAUGAAAGAUGGUAAUUAUAGUCAUCUGCAAUCUCAUACCACUGAAGUUUCAAAAACUGAAAUUGAAGGUAAAGGAAACCAAUGUGCUAGAAACUGUGCAGAUGUGGAAGAACCCAAAAGGAAAAGUGAUUCGGAUACAGAUGAAUAUGAAGCUGAAGCUUAAUCUAUGUAUAGUGAGAUAAAUUAUGAGAGGGUGUAUGAAUCAGUGAAAGAGAAUGUGAAGCUAAAAUCUUUAUUCUGAAAGAAAAAUUGUUUAUUCCAAAACCUAUGAACUUUUCCUUAACUAGAACAGAUGUGUCAGCUUUAUAACAUUUAUUUGUACUUUGUAUCGUACUGUAAUAAAAGUUUUUUCCCCCAUCUAUUUUUA